UCUGAAAAAUUAAAUUAUAGUGUAUUAUCUGUCGUGAUACCACGUCUGAUUAUCAGUUACGAAAAAUCGAUUGCACAAAAUUAUCAAGUGAUACAAGAAAAAUUCUUGUCUAAUGUGAAAGUUUCGUGAAGCAAUACGUUGUAACUCUCCAGAACUUUGUGCUGAAGCGGGGAUGAGUUUGUUUGUCUGAAGCAUGUGAGUAAAUGGCCGUAAGAGGAUCGUGCCAGCCUUUGAACAACUUACUAUGGGCAUCUGCCUGGACACAGAUCAACAAAAUGGAUCGCAGAUGUUUGAGGAAAAUAAUGCUCGAGCUACAGGAAGAUGGAGAGGAGAGGCUGGUCUUUUGGCGACUCCACCAGAUGGACAUUUCCCGAAACAAAAUGUUGGACCUGUUAAAUUCGAAAUACCAAAAAUUCCAGUUAUAUUUGUACUCGGAGGCCCUGGUAGUGGUAAGGUGACAUAUUGCGAUAAUUUAAUACAAGAAAAGAAAGGAAUAACGCAUAUCAACAUGAUGGAUCUUCUUCAACAAUAUGCAUUAGGAAAUGAUAUGCAAGAUUUUGGACAACUUAGUAGCAAAACUGUCACAGAAGUACUCAUGCUUGAGAUGAAAAUGUCCCCAGGAGCCAAAGUCUUUCUUGUAAGCGGAUAUCCUCGAAAUAUGCGCGAUGUAGUGGAAUAUGCUGAAAAAAUAAAAAUUGUUAAUGGCGUCAUUCUCGUAUCAUGGAGGCAAGAAGUGUUAGAGAGACAAAUUGAUUUCGGUGCACAACUCGGUCACGUUGUUAUUGGAUUAGCUAGAAUGGAGUUGCAUAAUUUUUAUAGGAACGUAAUGCCAGUCGCGGAAUAUUUCGAUCAAAGUGGAAUGUUACUUGAGAUAAAUGGGGAACGAAAUCCGAGUGAAGUCUAUGUUAGUUUUCGAGAUGCCGUCCUUAGGAUUCUCGGAAUGCCAAGCGGUAGCAUUCAAGAUCAAGAUGUACCUCAAUCUUUAGAAGCCGAGGUCGAAGUGGAAAGGAGAAAAGAAUCGACGGGUUCGGCAUUAUCGCAACAAGUUGUAGGAACUGACAGAAUACCAGCUCCAGUAGCAUUAAAUACACCAAAAACAUCUGAUAAACCGAGAAAAGGAUUACCAGCAUUUAUUUGGGUGAUAGGUGGACCAGGAAGUAAUAAGGCGACUCUUUGCGCCCAAGCUGUUCGUAAUAUGCCAGGUUGGCAGCAUAUAAGUGUUGGUGAAUUGUUAAGAAUAAUGGCAUCGUCUAAUAUGAUUGUGAAUGACGCAAUUGUUUCGGGUGAAAUGGUCCCUCACGAUAUUGUAAUGAAACUUAUAGAGCAACAAAUUCUUUUGAAUCGAGAUUCGGACGGUAUCGUCAUAGAUGGAUACCCCAGGGACUUGAAUCAAGUGCAGGAAUUUGAAAAUAAAUUUGGACAAGAACCAUCAUUAGUGCUACUUGAUUGUUCUAAACUGCAACUCGGGAGAGGAAGACUGGACGACAGUGUUUCAGCAUUUAGGAAAAGAUUAGAGCUCUUUCGCGAAGUGUCUCUUCCCAUGUUGAAAACACUGGACAACGAUAAUCGCUUAACAAUUGUGGACGGCGAUACAGAUGUACCUAGUGUCCAGCAGGAUUUUGCUGCUGCGUUAUAUCAAUUAAUGCGUCGGGCACGUCGCAAAGAAGAGGAAAGUCUACAUGGUCCGGAUUCGUCUGUGAAUACGAGACACCCAAACGGGAUACAUGCCUCGAAUAAAUAUCAAAAUGAACGUGCCAUACCUAAUGGCGAUGCCAAACCAGUAGUUAACGGCGUAUCCAAUCAUAUUGGAAAGACAGCCAAUGUGACAAAAAAUGGAUUUAUUGCUCAAGGAGUAGGUACCAUCACUAAUGGUGUAUUGAACAAUAUGAAGCACAUUCAACAACAGAAUGGUCAUAUUCAUCAAAAUGGCAUCGCGAAUGGAACGGCACAUAUGCUGCAGAAUGGUGUGGCGCAUUUAGCCAACGGCAUUGUAUCCGGCAACAAUAAAGUCGCACCAGCGAUGCACAACUAUUUGCCAAAAGAUCCGAUCAGGAAAAUGUAUAAUGAAGUCGAAGGUUAUCAGCAGAAUCUUCAUAUGUAAUGUCCGCUAAUCUUUUUUAAUAUUGUUGAACAGUUUGUUAACAUUUUGCAUGAAAGGUUCCACACUACUGUACGGAACUCUUUCAACUGUAUCGACAACUUUGAUAAUUUACUAUCGUCUUUCGAUAAAUCCGUGCCUUAAAAAAAUACGACUUAUAUAAAUAGUAUAGUUAAUUCGUAAUCACAUUUGCUAUAAACAGCCAAAAAAUAAAGUCGUAAGUAUUGGAAAUGUAUCGCGGAUAACAUAUCAUAUAUAUACAUUUCUCAUAAAUAUUAAGAAUAUGAAACACACAACUUGUCUAUUUUUAUCAAAAUUUUUGUUUCUGUCGUCCCUAGAUAUUACAUGAUAUGUUAUGUACUUAUUCCAAAUUUGUUAUUUUAUUUAUGUGCACAGGUAUAUAAUUUUUCUCAAAGUUUUUUCUUAAUACUUAAUUUGUAAAACUAAGUAAUAUCUUUUUUUCUCUAGUCGCUUUGCAUAUCUUUUUAAACUUGUAAAUAUUUUUAUUUCGUCUGAUAAAUAUAUGUUUAUACAUAUGUUUUAUUAUGAUUACUAUGAAUAAUAUUUCAAUAGCGUAUGAAAAUAUAGAUUCGAAAAUUGUAAUACAAAAAUGUCAAAGUCACGAUAGUUUUGCGUUACAAGCUAUCAAGGUUGGCUAAUAAUAUCACAUAGAGUUCACAUGCGCAGGCUCGCAAUUGUAUUUAUAUGCAUAUUAUACUUAUAUUGUAUUUAUAUUACUUAUAAUUGUAUUUAUAUGCGAUGUGUUAACAUAAUUUGAAAUGAUAUAUAUGAUCGUUGAUCGCAUGUUAUAUUGAACAAAUCAAAUUUUUAUCAAUUUGAGAUAAAAUAACACAAAAUUUCAUUCAAUAUAUGUAUCACGCGGUUAAUGACGACAUCCCAUGACAACACAAAAUUUAAAAUCAUCUUCGAUUUUAGACUUUGAGUUGUUUAGGAUAUUUCUUCAUCUUAGUUUAUGUUAACAGAUUAAUAUGAAUUUUAAGAGACAUAGUAUUGUGUCUCGCGCCAAGUUAUGCGCAACAAAUAGCAGGACAUACUCUGUAUUUAUACGCGGUUUAAUUAAAAAUACCAUAUUACUGAAUCUCGAUAAGGAUUCGACUAAUUAAUUUUGCAAUAGAUUUAAAGGAGAAAGUACAGUGGCGAAAUCAUAUAAUAAAAUUAUUUACCUUUAUGUUCUUUGCUCUUAUCACUGAGUCAAUGUAUUUAAAUCAUUCUCUUUUAUUACUUUUCUUAUAUGUUUGACUGUAUAUUUUAAUGUUUUUUUUUUUAAACAAGUUUUUCCUAAAUUUUCAUUAUGAUUUGAAAAAAUCUUUUUGUAACUUUUGAUAAAUGAUUUUAAAUCUUCAUAACCAAAAGUUUAAAUGAUAUCCAUCCAUUUGUAAAGAGAUUCAAAAAUAUUAUAAAAAUGGAUUAGAUUUUUUCCACGAGUAAGAUACAUAAAGAGGCACAAUGGAUUGUAGUCUGCGUGCCACAGGCGGAUCUUCAGCGAGGACCGCUCCCUCAGUUUAUUAUUAAAGUACAUAAAGAUUAAAAGACAAUUUUAUAAGAGAAUGUUUUAAAGUUUAAAGAUUUUACCUAUUUGGUAUUAGAUUUCUUGCAAUAUCUUUUUAUUUAUUCUCCUUUCUCUAUUGCAAAUAAUCCCUACAAGUAGUAGAUUGACAUCAAUAUAUCAGUACAUCUAAAUAUACUGAAACAUUGUACAAAAGAUUAUUUUGAAAAAUAAAAUAAUAGUAAAAUAUU